UACAUCUGUCGAUCAAGUCGAACACGUCUGUUGUCUCGUUUUCAGUCAGCAGGUGUCACUCAUCAAAUUCAUUAAGGGUUUGUCUCUGAAGUAUUUAAUCCAUGUUUACUUGCGUAAGAUCCCUUUGACAUGUAGUCUAGAUAUUAGGCUACUUAUAUUAAAAUUGCUAUUUUCGAAAAAAAAAAAAAAAAAAAAAAACUCUAAAUUAAAGAAGGAUUUUGCGACACAAAUGGCACGUUAUCAGAAAUCAAAGGUGUUUCUGCAUCUUGCAGCCUUACUUUGUGCUGUUGGGAGUAUUUCUGGUGAAUGUGAGAUAUCUCAAUGUUCUGACCCGACCACCUGCAUUUUGUCGCAGAGGCAAACUUGUAAAUGUGCAGCUGGCUACUUCGGAGAUCUCUGUGACCAGGUUGCAACAAUGAAUGUGACGUGUGGCAAAGACUUCAUUUCCAUCCUGGUUGCCGAAGAGUUCUUCAAAUACUACAAUGUGGGAGUAGAAGCGGUUCAUUUGGUUAACUCCAGCUGUCGUGCACAUAGAGAGGAGAUCUCUGGAUCAGCCUAUUUCACAGUGCACACACCAAUGGACCAGUACACUGCCUGUGGAGGUAAACCUCUGGAGAAGAACAUAACACACAUUACGUACUCCUUAACACUGAUGUCUGACCCACCUGUCUACGGAAACAUUGUGAGAGAUCCAUUUGUGCAGAUUGAGUACAAGUGCGUCUAUCCGUACAUUCGCAGACUUAGCCUGGCGUUUCCAGUCAUCUCUUUCUCAAGUGAAAGAAUAUUUAAGGUGGAUGAAGUCGAUGCCAAGGUGGAGAUGAAUUUGUUCAAAGAUCACACAUACACUGAGGCUUUCACCAGCCCACCUACCGUUAAGCUCGGGGAUCAAAUCUACGUGCAGAUCCAAGUGACGGAGCCGGAAGACUUCUUCCAUCUGAAAGUAAAUGAGUGUUGGGCUACGCAGACCCCUCAAGCUAGUGAUAAGUCAGGCUUUAGCCACACGCUGCUGGCAAACGGGUGCGCCAAUGACAAAACAACUUCAUUUGGUAAUGGUACGCCGCACCCCGCAGGAAGAAAUGGUGUAGGGUCGACUGUCCGUUACUCGUUUGAUAUGUUUCAGUUUGUACACGAGCCUCACAGAUUCUACCUGCACUGCACUGUGCAUCUCUGCACACCUGAGGACGGACAGUCUUGUAUUCCUGAAUGUAAAACUGUAUCCAAAAGAGAGGUUGUUAUGGAUGAGCAGGCUCAAGGUCUACUGUCUUAUGGACCAAUCAAACAAGAGCUACCAGUUAGUCCCAAGAUAAAUCUCCUCACAUUGGUGCUUCCAUUGGGAGUGAUUUGGACUCUGGGCAUCUUCCUUCUCAUCCUUAUCAUCAUCGCUAAAGCUGGAAUCAGACGACACAUGACAAAUACCUAAAUAAAACUCAUUUUCACCCAACACAUAGUGGUUUGUGUGGGGUACAAAAGUUACCGCAAGUACACAACUAACUAGAAUGUUAGCCCCGAGUGAGCACUCCAUGAUGGACACCAUCUGUCAAGAAAAUUCAGUUUUUGAAUUAAAAUAAGCUUGAAUGUGAUUUCCAGUAUCAAUCAGGGCUGCUGUUACUGUUGAACUUUAUUUACAGUACUGAAUAUGAACAACAGGUGGCAGUGAGAACUAAAAUUGGAACGAAUUUGCUUAAUUUUUUUUUUGUUUUUUAAAUAAACGGACUUCAUUACAGUUA